CGGGAUGCGUCCGAGCUAGGAGCCAGGUCCAGGAUGGGGGCCAUGUCUGUCUGGGUCUCAGGCCUCCUGAUUCUCCAGAUGCUGCUCUUUGUGGCUGGGGAACAGGGCACACAGGACGCCACUGCUGCUGCCACUGCCGAGAAGGGGCUCCACAUGCAGAAGGUGGGGUCUGGGUCGGUGCGGGCUGCGCUGGCAGAGCUGGUGGCCCUGCCCUGUCUCUUCACCCUGUGGCCACGGCCAGGUGCAGCCCGAGAAGCCCCUCGGAUCAAGUGGACCAAGGUGCGGACUGCAUCAGGCCAACGGCAGGACUUGCCCAUCCUAGUGGCCAAGGACAACGUGGUUCGAGUGGCCAAGGGCUGGCAGGGACGCGUGUCACUACCUGCCUACCCCCGGCACCGGGUCAACGCCACGUUGCUACUGGGGCCACUGAGGGCCAGCGACUCUGGGCUCUACCGCUGCCAGGUGGUGAGGGGCAUCGAGGAUGAGCAGGACCUGGUGCCCCUGGAAGUGACGGGUGUUGUGUUUCACUACCGAGCAGCCCAGGAUCGCUACUCGCUGACCUUCGCUGAGGCCCAGGAGGCCUGCCGUCUCAACUCGGCCACCAUUGCAGCCCCGCGGCACCUGCAGGCUGCCUUCGAGGAUGGCUUUGACAACUGUGAUGCCGGGUGGCUCUCUGACCGCACUGUUCGGUAUCCUAUCACCCAGUCCCGUCCUGGUUGCUAUGGUGACCGUAGCAGCCUUCCAGGGGUGAGGAACUAUGGGAGGCGAGACCCACGGGAACUCUACGAUGUGUAUUGCUUUGCCCGUGAGCUGGGGGGCGAGGUCUUCUACGUAGGCCUGGCCCGCCGCCUGACACUGGCCGGCGCGCGUGCCCAGUGCCGCCGCCAGGGCGCCGUGCUGGCCUCGGUAGGACAGCUGCACCUGGCCUGGCAUGAGGGCCUGGACCAGUGCGACCCGGGCUGGCUGGCCGACGGCAGCGUGCGCUACCCGAUCCAGACGCCGCGCCGACGCUGCGGGGGCCCAGUCCCGGGCGUGCGCACCGUCUAUAGCUUCGCCAACCGCACCGGCUUCCCGGCGCCGGGAGAGCGCUACGACGCCUACUGCUUCCGAGCUCAUCACCCUACAUCACAACAUGGAAACCCAGAGACCCUGUCGUCUGGGGAUGAGGGGGAGAUUCUGUCAGCAGAAGGGCCCCCCACCCAAGAACUGGAGUCCAGCCUGGAGGAGGAGGAGGUAGUCACCCCAGACUUCCAGGAGCCUCUGGUGUCCAGUGGGGAAGAAGAGCCUCUGAUCUUGGCAGAGAAGCAGGAGUCUCGAGAGACCCCCAGUCCUGCCACUGGGGGCCUCACACUAGCCUCAAGGCCUGCUCUGGAGGCUGAGGAGGUGUGGCUGAGCACGGUGUCCCCCGCCCCCAGCAACAUGGAGGCAGGCACUGUGGUGGGCAUGCACACAGAGGCAACCCCAGCCAGCCCCAUGCCCAGGAGGAGGGGGCGCUUUAAAGGGUUGAACGGGCGCCACUUCCAGCAACAGGAACCCCAGCGAGGGCUGAAGGGGGUGCUCCAGGCCAGCGUCCAGCCCCCCACCCCAGAGGUUGCUGGGAAUUACGUGGAGCCUCCCCUGGCCACAGGAGCCACUGAUGCCUUGGGGAGUGGCCGGAGCCAAAGCCCCUGGGCUGUGCUGACCAAUGAGGUGGAUGUGCCUGGAGCUGGUUCCCCUGGUGGCAGGAGCCCCCCAGAGCCCUGGCUGUGGCCCCCAACCAUGGUCCCACCCAUCACCCUUGGCCUGGAACUAGAGGAAGCCAAGGGCCCCAGUGUGAGGCCAGCCACCCCCGACCUGCCCUGGUCCUCCUCGGAGGCCACUACCUUGGCUCCCAACCCCUUGAAGGGCCCCAGCACUGCCCGCUGGGAGGCUUCUCCCACAGUCAUUUCUCCAGACCUCCCUGUCAUGGCCAUGAUUCGUGCCCCCAAACUGUGGCUCCUGUCACACCCUACGCCCCUCCCCACCGAUGCCAGUGAGGUAAAGGGGUAUAGUGAAGCCAUGGCCGCUGCCCCACCCUCCCCUGCCUCAGAGAUCGAGGCCAGCCCCCAGGAUCCCAUCCAUCCAGAAGUGUAUUCCCUGCCCUCCUCCUCGGGCCUGAUGGGACAAGGUGGAGAGGCCACAUCCCUGACACUCAGCACUGGUCCUAACUCCUUCAGAGCAGACUUCGGAAAAAUUGGGGGGACCAGCCCUACUGGGCUCAGCAAAGCUGAGCACCCCAGAUCCAACCCACAGGCUUUUGUGGAUGGCAAUGUGGUGGCAGCCGUCACUCCCACUGAGACUGCCACUGAGCCCAUGGGAACCAGAGGCAUCUUGGGGUCUGAGGCUGGGGUCUUCAACACAGCAGAGACCCCCACUUCCAGCUUGCAGGCCAACAUGGACGAGGCACAGGGCAUGUGGCCGUCACUGCACAGUGAAGGGCUAGACCCCCAUUCCCCAUCUGCACCCUUGGGGGUCCCUGGGGUCUCCUUGAUGCCCAAGGUCACCCCGCGUUUGGAGCCUUCGGCUGCUACAGAUGGAGGAGCCACAGUGGGUCCCAUGAAUUCCAUGGCCACACUAGACACCAGUGGUGCUGGUGGGAAUUGGGAACGUGGAUCCCACGUGGUUGAGGGAGCUGAAAGCCCCACCUUGAGCCCUCAAAUGGCUGUGGAUACAAGUGUGGUGAUGUCCCUCAUGUCCCUGGACCUGGAGGACAAGGUUGGGGUCCUGGCCAUGUCCACAAUGGCCUCCUCAAGCUCCCAACCCCAUCCAGAGCCGGAGGGCCAGAUGGUGACCCAGGGCACCCUGAGAGGCUUGGAGCCUCCACAUGAGGGCAGCCCCUCAGGGGAGCCUGCUCUUCCUCCUUGGACACCGACAGCAGCCAGCAAGGACAAGCCCAUUUCAGUUUCCUCGGGGGAGCCUAUAGUGCCGUGGGACUCCCCCAGCACCCUGCUGCCUGCCUCCCUGGGCCCAGAGGAGUUUGAGCUGGAGGUCCUGGCGGGGAGCCCAGGUGUGGAGAGCUUCUGGGCGGAGGCAGCAAGUGGAGAAGAGCCAGCCCUGCCAGGAACCCCUGCAAAUGGGAGUGCAGAGGAGGUUCCCUCGGAUCCCUGUGAGAACAACCCUUGCCUGCAUGGGGGCACCUGUAAAGCCAAUGGCACCAUGUAUGGCUGUAGCUGUGACCAGGGCUUUGCUGGAGAGAACUGUGAGAUCGAUAUAGAUGACUGCAUCUCCAGCCCCUGUGAGAAUGGAGGCACCUGCAUUGACGAGGUCAACGCCUUCGUCUGCCUUUGCCUCCCCAGCUACGGGGGCAGCCUCUGUGAGAAAGACACAGAGGGCUGUGACCAUGGCUGGCACAAGUUUCAGGGCCACUGCUACCGCUACUUCGCCCAUCGGCGGGCAUGGGAGGAUGCCGAGAGGGACUGCCGCCGUCGAGCCGGCCACCUGACCAGCAUCCACUCACCCGAAGAACACGGCUUCAUUAACAGUUUUGGGCGUGAAAACACGUGGAUCGGCCUAAACGACAGGAUCGUGGAGAGGGAUUUCCAGUGGACGGACAACACGGGGCUGCAAUAUGAGAACUGGAGGGAGAACCAGCCCGACAAUUUCUUCGCGGGUGGGGAGGACUGUGUGGUGAUGGUGUCACAUGAGAGUGGGCACUGGAAUGAUGUUCCCUGCAACUACAACCUCCCCUAUGUCUGUAAGAAGGGCACAGUGCUGUGUGGUCCCCCUCCAGCAGUGGAGAAUGCCUUGCCCAUCGGUGCCCGCAAGGCCAAGUAUAACGUCCACGCCACUGUACGCUACCAGUGCGAUGAAGGAUUUGCCCAGCACCAUGUGGCCAUCAUCCGAUGCCGGAGCAAUGGCAAAUGGGACCGGCCCCAAAUCGUCUGCACCAAACCCAGACGAUCCCAUCGGAUGCGGCGACACCAUCACCACCACCAACACCACCACCAGCAUCACCACCACAAAUCGCGCAAGGAGCGCAGAAAACACAAGAAGCACCCAGCAGAGGACUGGGAGAAGGAGGAAGGGAAUUUCUGCUGA